UACCCCGCCACGGCCAACAUAGUCAGAGGUCACUGUCCGCGUCGCUUCACCGUGGCCGGGGGCCCAUGCGCCGGGCUGGGAUCGAAGAAGGAUCGGGGGAAAGCCGAUCCAAUGGAGCCGGUGCAGCUGCAGAAGAGGCAGCGUGAGGAGGGAGGCGACACCCAGCACGGCCCGGACUCGAAGCGGCUGUGUCGGGGCUGCACCUCGGCGCAAUUCCCCACCUCCCUCCCGCAAGGCUGGCCCGGGCAGCUCACGCAGACCGACACGCGGGCCUCCGGCCGGCCCGAGCCCAUGCAGAUGGAACCCGGGGUCCUGGGAUCAACGCCGCAAGUCUGCCCACGUUGUCUGGCCGGGGAGUCGGGCCACAUAAAUCACAUGGGGAGUUCGUGACGCGGGGCCUCAAGGGGCAACUCCACGGGCCCAGCCGGGGCCGCCCUCCCAGCCGCUGGGGCCCUUUAAUAGAGAUUAUUUUUGCUGUAAUUGUUUACGGAUUAGGAAUUUUAUCUCAGGUUGAGAGGUGUCUCGCUGCACUUAUCAUGCACGAUGAAUACAGCAAAGCUGUCAUAGCCAGCUAGGCUGGCACAACACCUUGCUGAUAAAACCCAUCAUGGAAUGUUUUAACAAAAUAUUGCUGUAAUAUUUUUACACGUCAUUUUUAUAUCCACACUUUGUAAUACAGGCGAAUGGGUGACGUGUUUCACUGUGUCCUCAUUCUUGUUAUUUCACAGUGUGCGAUUCUGAUUUAUAUCCUGACUAUGGCUGAGUUUAUUAAAAAAAAUUGUAUUCAAAUCUUCAA